AUGGGAAGUUCAACUUCCACAGCCGCUCGCACAUUUCCCAAAUCCAAAGCUCCAGCAUGGUCUGGAGCUAGAGCUCCCCGUCUUGACGACGCUCCGCAACAAACUCUCGCUGCGGAACACAAGUCCAAAGCUAUCCAGGAUGAUGCAGGAGACCCCCAUUUUCUAGCCAAUCUUAAUCGUUUAGGCGCUGUCCGUGUGGAUCGAUACGCACAGACUGUUCACCAGACUCAGCUCCGUUUGUCGCAGAAGCAAGAAGUCAGCAAUACAAACCGACUUUUCCAAUCUCGCACCGAAUCUGAAGAGGACGCUGUUUCAAUGCAACCUACGCGGAACCGCUUGCGUGCCGCCACUCUAAGCGAGUUACUGGAUGCACGCAAGGGCGCACGGACGACACACGACUUGGAAACACUGGCGGAAAAGUAUGGAAUUGAUAAACAAAAAAUGGAGAAGCUUGCGACGUUUGUGACUACUCCAAGUGUUGGUGGUGGAUCGGCGACGCGGACUGUAGGGAAGGACGGGGAUGAAAGCCUCACAACGACGGCUGUUUGGGUCUAUCCCUCCAUGCAGGAUGCCUAGCCAGGGCAAGCCAUGAAUAACAACUCUAGCAUCUUGAGUAUCAAGUCGUGGAAUGGGUGACGAUAUACAUAUGACAUUUUAAACUUCCAACCCAAUAAUAAUGCCAUGGUCAUGAAAAAAACGUCAAAGGUCCAAGGAAGGAAUAUAGUAGUCAUAAGAAAAAGGAGAUAAGCAUAUGCAAACGACGUGAAGAGAAGACAUUGGCUAACGCGACAAGGAGAUAUUGAAGUGAUCAGCAUCAAACGAAAGUGAGUCAAAGUGCAGCGAGUCCAGGCGCAUUUCAAGGCUCAUAUCGCCCUGGUCCAUUCCUAAACCCGAAUCAUCGACCUUGAAAUGCGUCUGUGUUGGGGUUGUAGCGGGGUCAGACUCUCUUUCAAAGCCAACGGCUCUGAACGGAUCAGAGUCAACGGCAUGCAUGGCAAGACGCAAGUUGGACCCGACUGCGACAUCUGACUGGGAUGCCGUCUGAAGAUCAAACGCAACAGAUUGUCUCUUUUCGAGACUGGCAAGGCGGGUGAGAAAAGUUUCUUCCGUGCUUGUAGGAGUUUGUGGCCCAGACGUAGUAGAUUCGGAAGAGGUCGCCGACGGUACACGGGAAGACGAUGGGAUAUACUCGAUAUCAU